AAGUCAAACACAGGUGAGGGAGGAGGCGGGAGGGAGGAAGCUCGGCCCUCACCCGCACGGCCCUGCUGGCCCUGGAACCCCCGCAAGAAACUGUAAACAGCCCGGGCGCCGCUCACUCCCCUCUGUGUCCGUUUCCCACCGGAGCCCCCGGUGUAAGGAGGCCACGCACGGGGUCUCGGGCUGGAGAGAAGGCCGCCCUAGGACACAUCCCGCCAGCGCCGCGGGCCUUUGGACCCCGGUGGGUCGGCCACCCAGGGACCCACGUGCCUGACCAUGGGGCUCCUGAGCCGGGAAGCCUGGGCCCAGCGCCUGGGCGCCUUCCGGGCCAGCCCGUCCGCCUACAUGGCAGCUCCUGAGGGUGAGGAUCUGGGUCGUGACCUGCUGAGCGACCUGAGGAGUGAGAAGCUGAGCGAACAGACCAAGGUUUCCAUGUUGGCCCUGAGCUUGGAGUACCCAGCCCAGUUGUGGCCAGAUGCCCCUGCAGCGGAGGCAGCUGCCACCUCCCUGUUGGAUACCCUGGUCCUUUUACCCCCGCGGCCAUCAGCUCUGCGGAGGCCCCUGUUGCUGGCAGCAACCACAGCCCUGGUGACCGGAGGUGUGCUCGGCCCCACCUCCGGGGCCUCCCUGCGGCUUCUGCCCCUGCUGCUCGGCUUGGCUUCAGGUGGUGAUCUGGGGCGAGGCUUUGGCCCCUCCUCGGAGCAGCGACCCCUGCAGGCCACUGCGUGCGAGUGCCUGCGGGAGCUGGAGAGCUGCAAGCCUGGGCUGCUGGGGGGCUCCCUGGGGCUUCUUCGUGGCCUGUUGGGACAAGAGGGCCCCGUGGCCCCUGUCCAGCCACUCAGCCUGCUGCUGGCACUUGCCCUGCGAAACACCUUGGUGAUACAGGCUAGGGCCAGGGCCAGCCUGCAGGGCCUGCUCACAGUCAGGGCUUCUCCCCCUGGGGGUGGCCCCUGGAACUGGACACUAGCUCAAGAGGGCGAGGCCCACCUUCAGCCCCAAGCGCCCAGCUGGCCGGCAGCUGAGGAGGAGUGUGGCCUUUCAGCGCUAGAGCCCAGCCCCGAAGAGGCCCGGGAGCUGCGGGCUGCAGUGGCCCAGCUUCUGGACACCUCGUACCUGCUCACACCUGUGGCCCAGGCCCAGCUUCUGUGGCUGCUGGGCUGGGCCCUGCGGGGUCUGCGGGGACAGCCUCCAGUGCUCUUCAAGCCACAGUUGGUACGGCUGCUGGGCACAGCCCAGCUGACACUGCUGCACGCUGUCCUGGCACUGAAGGCGGCCUUCGGCGAGGCACUGUUCACAGCCCAGGAUGAGGCCUUGUUGCUCCGCCGGCUCACCUUGGCCGCGCAGCACCCAGCCCUGCCCCUGCCCGCCCAUCUCUUCUACCUGCACUGCCUCCUGAGCUUCCCAGAGAACUGCCCGCUGGGCCCCGUCGGUGAGGAGGCUGCCCCGCUGCUGCUAGAACCGCAGCUCUGCCGUGGCCUCCUACCCAAUCUCCUUCAUGACCCGAUGGCCCUGCUGGCCCGCCUGCACCUGCUGUGCCUUCUCUGUGCUGAGGACGAACAAAAGGAGGAGAAAGGACAGGCUCAGAGCCCCUGCCACUACUUGCAGGAACUCCUGGCCGGCCUGCAGCAGAGGGCGGCCCUGACCGGAGGCCCCCGGGCCUUGGCUACACUCUGCUUCCAGGCUUCAUACCUCGUUGCUCACUGCCUGGCCGGGCACCAUACAGUGCUGGCACCCUUGACCCACGGGCUGGCCCAGCUCUACCGAGCCCGGCCUGCGCUGGCUCCCCAUUUUGUUGACCUCUUGGAUCGAGUGGCCCCUGAGCUGGGGGAGCCCCUGAGGGUGGUGUUGCGGCAAGAGGUGGUGUCCAGGCCAGGUGGGGAUGAGGCCCUUCGUUGGCACCUGCAGAUGCUGGCAAAGGUGGCAGACAGGGAUGCUCAGAGUGCCACCCUCGGUUUCCUGCAGGCCGCAGCUGCCCACUGCACGGACUGGGGCCUCCAGCAGGCCUUGCUGCGAGUCUGCCGGGCCCUGCUGCGGGCGGGUGGUGGGGGAGGCCUGGCAGACUUGCUGCAGGCAUUGGCCAGGCAACUGGAGGACCCUGAUGGGCGGGACCACGCCCGCCUCUACUACGUCCUCCUGAGCCACCUGUCAGGGCCCAAGCUGGGGGUGGCCCUGGGCCCCUCCCUUGCUGCACCUGCACUGACCUCUUCGCUGGUGGCCGAGAACCAGGGCUUUGCCACGGCACUGAUGGUGCAGGAGGCCCCAGCCCCGAUUCGGCUGAGCGUGGGGCCCCGAAGGGCUGAGGGCCCGGUCCCAGUGCUGCAGCUCCAGGUAGAGGUGCUGGAGCCCGUGUACUCUCUGGAACUGCGCUUCCGAGUGGAAGGACAGCUCUAUGCACCUCUAGGGGCUGUCCACGUGCCCUGCCUGUGCCCUGGCCGCCCGGCCCGCCCUCUGCUCCUGCCCCUGCAGCCCCGGCGCCCAGCCCCCGCACAGCUGGAUAUCCGUGCUCUUUACACCAAAUCCACUGGCCUCACAUGCUAUACCCACCUGCCACCCCUGCCUGUGAAAUUCGCUGACCUCUUCCUGCCUUUCCCGAAGGCCCCUGAGGGUGCCAGGUUAGGCUUCUUUGAGGAACUGUGGGACUCGUGCCUGCCAAAGGGCACCGAGAGUCGCCUGUGGUGCCCUCUUGGGCCACAGGGUCUGGAGGCCUUGGUGUCACGCCACCUGGAGCCCUUUGUAGUGGUGGCCCGGCCCCCCACUAGCUACCACAUAGCCAUCCGCCUGCCCCCAGACUCAAAGCUGCUGCUGCGGCUGGAGGCAGCCCAGGCGGACGGAGUGCCCGUGGUCCUGCGGACGGAUGACUGGGCUGUGCUGCCCCUGGUGGGGGACUACCUCCGAGGGCUGUCAGCUGCGGUCUGAGCCCCAGCUGGGCUGGGCCAGGUGGGAACAGGACUGUGGCCCUUACAGGGUCUUGUCUAAGAGGGGCAGGUGCAGAGCAGGACCCAGUCCUAUGGAUCCUUUUUUUAAAAACCUCCGUUCACCAAUGACCCUCGUUUGUUUUCUUCUGGGCCCUAAUUGGGAGCAGAACCACUGGGAUGGGGUCAGAGGCUCCCCGAAAGCUUCUAGAGUAGGAACCCCCCAGAUUGCAGGGCUCCAAAGUACCCUCCUGGCAAACAGCCUGGGAUUCUCCAGAGUCUCUGCCCAGGAGGCAGGAGAAAAAACAUCCUCAUCUCUGCCUCCCAGAGGGUCUGGUCUUGCCCAAAGCUCCCAGCAAUUUAGGAACGAGCCUGGAGCUGGGCGUGGCCUCCUCACCUGUGGGCCUGCGCUUUUCAGCUCCUGAGGGUUGCAGGGUCCCUGACCCCGGGAGCUUAGGCUAGAAACAGUGAGGAGACUGCAGUGGCCUCUUCCCUGGGGAGUGAGGCUCCCCCAGGCUGGGGAGGGGAGCCAGCUCUAGGAAGGGCCUGCUGGUACAGUUUCAAGGCUGAGGGGGCCCCAUGGUCUGGGCUAAAAUGAAGCUGGGUUUUCCUUACCCCAUCAGUGGACCUCGAAAUCUUCCUCUAAGAACCACCCCCUCGUUCUUAUUCCAAAUAUGCAAAAUACUCAGGA